AUGCAGGCUCGCUACUCCGUGUCCAGCCCCAAUUCGCUGGGAGUCGUGCCUUACCUGGGCGGGGAGCAGAGCUACUACCGCGCGGCGGCGGCGGCGGCGGCGGCCGGCGGGGGCUACAGCGCCAUGCCGGCGCCCAUGAGCAUGUACUCGCACCCCGCGGCCCACGAGCAGUACGCGGGGGGCAUGGCCCGCGCCUACGGGCCCUACACGCCGCCGCCGCAGCCCAAGGACAUGGUGAAGCCGCCCUACAGUUACAUCGCGCUGAUCACCAUGGCCAUCCAGAACGCGCCCGACAAGCGCAUCACGCUGAACGGCAUCUACCAGUUCAUCAUGGAGCGCUUCCCCUUCUACCGCGACAACAAGCAGGGCUGGCAGAACUCCAUCCGCCACAACCUCUCGCUCAACGAGUGCUUCGUCAAGGUGCCCCGCGACGACAAGAAGCCGGGCAAGGGCAGCUACUGGACGCUGGACCCGGACUCCUACAACAUGUUCGAGAACGGCUCCUUCCUGCGCCGCCGCCGCCGCUUCAAGAAGAAGGACGCGGUCAAGGACAAGGAGGACAAGGACCGGCUGCAGCUCAAGGACCCGCCGCCGCGCCCGCCCGCCCCGCCGGACCAGCCCCCGCAGCCGCCGCAGCAGCAGCAGCAGCAGGAGGCGGGCGGCCCCGUGCGCAUCCAGGACAUCAAGACGGAGAACGGCACGGCCUCGCCGCCCACCGCCGGCUCCCCGCCCGGCCUGGCGGCGCUGGUGCCCAAGGUGGAGAGCCCCGACAGCAGCAGCAGCAGCCUGUCGAGCGGCGGCAGCCCGCACAGCGCCGGCGCGCCGUCCAGCCUGGAGGCGCCAGAGCCGCCCCAGCCGCCCCAGCCACCGCCUCCUCCGCCGCCGCCGCCGCCGCCGCACCACCACCACCACCACCACCACCACGGCCCGGGCUUCAGCGUGGACAACAUCAUGACCUCGCUGCGGGGCUCCCCGCAGGCCGCGCCCGACCUGGGCUCCGGCCUCCUGGCCGCCGCCGCCGCCGCGGCCGCGCCGUCGCGCACAGGCAUCCCGCCCGCGCUGGCGCUCGGCAGCUACUCGCCGGGGCCCAGCUCCAUCUACAGCUCGCCCUGCAGCCAGACGGCGGGCGGCGGCGGCGCCGCGCCCGGCGGAGCGGGCACCUACCACUGCAACAUGCAAGCCAUGAGCCUCUACGCCGCGGCCGCCGCCGCCGCCGCCGCGGGGGGAGGCGAGCGCGCCGGCCAGCUGGGCAGCAGCGGGGCCAGCCCCGUGGAGGAGCCGCUGCCCGACUACGCCCUGGGAGGCGGAGGGGGCGGCGGCGGCGGCGGCGGCGGGGGGCUGAGCACGCCGCCCGGGCACCAGGACGGGCCGUCCGGCCGCCUGGCCUCCUGGUACCUCAACCAAGCCACGGCGGCCGCGGCGGCUGCGGCGGCGGCUGCGGCGGCCGGGGACCUGGCCCCGCUGGGCGGCGCGGCCGCCUACCCCGGGCAGCAGCAGCAGCAGCAACAACAGCAGCAGCAGCAGCAGCAGCCGGCGCAAAACUUCCACACCGUGCGGGACAUGUUCGAGCCGCAGCGGCUGGGCCUCGGCAGCUCCCCGGGCAACGCCGGCGCCGGGCCCAGCAGCUGUCAGAUGGCCUUCCCCUCCAGCCAGCCGCUCUACCGCACCUCAGGGGCUUUCGUCUACGACUGCAGCAAGUUCUGACCCGGGCGAGAGGCAGGCAGCGACAAGCCGAGCCCGCUCCCCCACCCCCGCACAUACAGCGCCCCCCGCCCGCGGCCGGCCAGGCAGCCCCGAGCCUU